GGACUCUGUUGGCUCCUCCUUGCUGCGGUUCCAAUCCUUCCUCAUGGAAGCCCGCGCGCUCUGAGAGACAAACCACUGAGGUUGGCGUCCCCGGUCCGCGCGCGCGCCCGUGCGUAAAGCCACUCAGGAGCCAAACGAGGAAGUCGGGAGGAGGGACCAGCGUAGAGGUGCUGGUGGGGUGGUGUGACCGGAGAGUUCGGCCAGUCGAACCGCCUCCGGCGCAGUGUAGUCAGGAGGAUCCGCGGGUGUCGGGGAGCAGUGUCGCGCGCGCGGAGCGGAACUUCUGCGAACUCACGCGCCCCCAUUAACCGGUGAGGUGAGCGCACAGGUAGAGCGGAGGAUCCCGGAAGGACUCGUCAUGCAGGUUUGCAUCGUGCUGGUGUGACCCGCGCGCGUCUUCAGACAGCAGAACCCGCAGACGGUCUUCCCAAACAUGGACACGAGGAGGAGGAAGAACCUGUACGUGCUGAUGGAUCUGCUGUGCGUUGCAGUUGUGGCGCUGCCCUCCAUCAUCCUGAACAUCUUAAAGAAGCCGCACAUGAGGGAGAUUUUCUGCAACGACGAGAGCAUCAAGUACCCCGUCAAGCCCGACACCAUCACCCGCGGCAUCCUGGCGGGCGUCACCAUCACCUGUUCUGUCCUCAUAAUCUCAUCCGGCGAGGCGUAUCUGGUCUACAUCAAACGGGUUUCCUCGAACUCGGGCUUCAACCAGUAUGUGGCCGCUCUCUACAAGGUGGUGGGCACCUUUCUGUUCGGCGCGGUCGCCAGCCAGUCGCUGACGGACAUCGCCAAGUACACGAUCGGCCGUCCGCGGCCCCACUUCCUGGCCGCGUGCGCCCCAAAGCAGUGCUUGGGGAGCAUGCAGGUGGUCAACUGCACCGGCGACCUGCGGAAGGUCACGGAGGCCAGACUGUCCUUCUAUUCCGGUCACUCCUCUUUUGGAAUGUACUGCAUGCUCUUCCUGGCGCUCUACGUGCAGGCCCGACUCGUGGCCAAGUGGGCCAGACUGGUCCGGCCCACCAUCCAGUUCUUCCUGGUGGUCUUCGCGGUUUAUGUGGGUUACACCCGAGUUUCGGAUUACCAGCAUCACUGGAGCGACGUGCUGGUGGGGCUGCUGCAGGGAGCUCUUGUUGCCGUGCUCAACGUCGUCUUUGUGUCCGACUUCUUCAAGAAGCGUCCGGAGUGCGGCGCAAAGCCGGACGUGGAGCUGGCGGACCACGAGCACAGUAAUCACUACAACUGUUGCAGCAGUCCGGGACCUUUGUGAUGGAGGAGCCGCUGAAACGAUGCAGAAACUGCCACCAAAGUGGAGCAGUCGGAGGUCUGGACUCUGCAGACCGCUUCCUGUCCUGAGACGGUCCCAUGUGGGAGUUCUGUGACCUUCACAUUUCUAUUUAAAAGGGAAGCUGAGCUUCUUCUGUGAAGCUCCAGCGUCUUCUCAUCAACCACUCACCCUUCACCCGCUCCACUGGACUCGACUGAGGAGGCCUCGGGUCUCCUCUGGAACACGACGACCUCCUUUUUUCUGUAAGGAGGAGGGGAGCCAACAGUUUUAAAUGCUUUUUUAAAAUAAUCAAACGUACGAUGGACCAUCUGCUGCUCAGAGAUGCCCAACAGGACGGUUUUUGUAAAAAAGACCGACAUUCAUCCAAUCAAUCAGAUUGUUUUUGAAUGUUUUUGCUCAAUGAGUCUAUUUGAAGGUGGGACUUCCAAGAAAGCAAGAAAAUUCUUCACUUCAGAAAUAAAUGAGAAUGAAAAAUA